AUGCGAGACGAUGUCCACUGGAUGGAGCCUGUGGCUGUCGCAUCUACGCGGCCCACCACACGUCGAUUUACGCCUCAGGAUGGCACUUUCGCACCGCAAUUGCAGGCAGGUGCGUCCGGCGACGAGCAUCAGCUCGGCAAACCGAUCAGUUUAAGCUCUCCGAUUCGUAUUUUUCCUGAGCCCCCAACCAUGGAAGCAAGUACGAGCCGGCGCCUUACUCUAGAUAUUGACCCCACUAGGCCUAUACCCGUCACCACCUACGGUUGGACCUUCGAUGGAUUGAUCAGCAAGGGAAACCGUUUCAAACCAGUCCCUCGUGUGUCAGCGCUGGCCUCUGUGCGAGAGCUUGAGGAGGUCGUCAAGAACCACGAGCAGUCUGGCAUACCGCUUGUUAUCGAAAACUGGCACGAACGUCCGGAAUGGAGGAAAGAUAUCUUUAAUGUUGAUUGGCUACUUGAACAUCAUGGCAAUGACAUCUUCCCUGUGCGAAAUGUCCAUAACCGCAACGACACUACUAUUAUGCUCAAAGACUUCAUCCAGAAGUCUCGUACGAUGCUGCCGUGCAUUACCCCAGGAGAGAACGAAAGGUUGUACGGGAAGGAUGCAGAUUGCCCAUCGGAUUGGAGAGAUUGGCUUGAUUCUGACAUCUUUCCCUCAGAGCUUCUGCCCAAUGGGUCUAAUAAUCUCCUCCAACACUCAGACGAAGUCGAGCACUUAAUGUGUUAUCUCGGAAUCGGAGACACCUUUACGCCAUGUCACAAGGACCUGUGCGCUUCGUCGGGCCAUAACGUCAUGUGCUACACCGAGAAUGACGGGUGCUCGUACUGGUUUAUGACUGCAUCCUCUGACGCACCCGACGUCGCCAAGUAUUUUCAGGAUGUGCUCGGGCAGGAGCUCGAUUGGGAGAACCACGUCGCUAGCGUGGAGGAGUUCGCGCAGGCGCCGUUCGAUGUGUAUGUCGUGGAGCAGAAGCUAGGAGACUUCGUGCUGGUGCCGCCAAGGAGUUGUCAUCAGGUCAUGAAUUUUGGUGGGCUCACAGUGAAGAUGUCGUGGUCAAGAAUGACCAUCGCUGGGCUAAGCAUCGCCUUGCAUCAUGAGCUCCCUAUAUACCGCCGCGUUUGCCGUGCGGAGAAGUACCGCAUCAGGUCCACAAUCUACCGAUCCCUUCUAUAUCUAACGAAGGAGCUUGAGGAAACGUUAGAAAAUUCGCUUGAUUUGCACGAGCCUUCCCCUUCCAUACCAGUAAGACGUUCUCUCCGUGGAAAUCUUGUGGAUUACGCAAGCUCAACUUGUAGCGAGGAAUCAUCGCUUCGUCCGUCGCCUCUCCAUGACAUGCCCUCCGUCCCCCACGCUGGCUCACAAGAACAGGCGAUCAAGCUGGGUGCUCUUGUGAAGCUCUUCGACGAGAUACUUUGCGAAGAAUAUUCGCCUGAUCACCAGAAGCUACGUCGUGUAGCCUCCAACAACAACGCGAGCUGGCACAUAUUUUCGGGGCGUGGAAAAAAUCAUCCGAGUAUCAUCUUGCAACCGCCUGCAGCUGAGUCGAAGGACGACGAGGACGAAGAGGGCGGCUGUGGCUUUUACGGCUGCGACUUUUGUGGCGCGGACAUCUUCCAGAGCUGCUUCGAAUGCAGGAAGUGCAUCUGCAAUCCCGACUCGGAGGAAGAGAGGCUUUUGAUCUGCGCCGCCUGCUAUGUCGAAGGUCGUACAUGUCGCUGCGAGUCGAUGAUGCCCGUCCAAUCCCGCUCCUUCGAGACUCUUCUCCAGGAUCGGAACAAGGCUGUGGAGGUGCUGCUUAGGGGUUCUGAUUCGAAGAUGUGGGUUGGAGACUGGGAGUGUAGCGAGUUGACUGAAAGCACUGUCGCCCAAGGUGACGACAUUCCCAUAUUCGAAGCAGCCUGUAUACUGCACGAUUUACGUCAAACUGCGCGCUCGAAGGGAACAGAAACACGCAAAUGCCGAGCUACAAAGCCUCAUAAUGUGCCUUUGCUAGAAGUCCUUCCUUGUAACAUGUGCCAUGGAGGCAAAUGUUUUCCGCACAUCCUCAAGAAUGGCAUCCAUAGCGCAGAAGCGCUCCUAGCAUAUCGUCGCGACAAGAAGCAAGAGUACUGGCAUCAAAUGCACAAAGACAGCAAGGGUCGCUUGGCUGAGAUUCUCCCCAAGUUGGAGGAAGCCGAAAGAACUGGCUCCUUCUCAAAGCUUAGAGACAGACUUGUGAUAGCCGCACAGCGUUACAACCAGUGCCAAUCAGUCAACGGUGCCUUCACGAAGCCCGGGUGGUACGACCACAAUGAUGUGGAGUCCGAAGACCAUACCGAUCGUUCGGACAUGCCUGAAGAGAGGGUUGGAAAGUCGUCAAUCGAGAUCGGCCAUAAUGCGAGUACGGCGGAUGCAGAUGCACCUCCGAGCUCUCCACUGACGGACAUUGAGGAUCUCACGGAGGAGAAAUCUCAAACAAUACCCACAACGCUGAGCCGCAAGCAAGCUCUCUCCUCUACUUCCUCCGUAACGAAGAGAUCGCCCCCAUUAUCGUUGACAGUACCGCGUCUGCAUCCCACGGAAGGGCUCACCAAUGAACAGCUACUAAAUCAGCAAACCCGCACAUCCCAAACGACAUCUCGACGGCGGCCCAUCUUCGAUUGUGUCCUCAUGUCACUUUCGCAUCGUGCGGGGAAGAGAGCUCUGUCCCCAGUCGCGCCCACACCCAGGAAGAGGGUCAGGACUGGGAGUGAAGGCCGCAGCAAGACAGGCCACCGACAUGAAGAGUCCCGCCAACCCCCUUCUAAUACUGGAGAAGAAAUUGAUUACGUCAAUCGUGAUUAUGCCACCGAUCUCGCCAUCGCCCUGAGCUCGGCGAAUAAUGCUAACUCGGCGAACUCAGGUAUACGAGAGCGCGUAAUGAGAAGCUCCACUGGCAAGCGGGCCGUUCGCAGACGCGUUCUUUCAUCUCCAUCGGAACUGGGACCUCUGACAACCACUUCGACAGUUGUCGUCUCAUCGGCUGUUACCGCGAAGGACACGCAGCAUCUCCCGGCAAAGAGGAACUUACCAGAACCCUCGAUCCCUGUGCCUCUGAUAUCGGAAAGCAUGUCUAUUUCUCGCGGCAAGGACGAUCGCCCUGCCAGGAAGAGUGCGAGUGUGGGGACAGAAGCACAGUCAGCGGCAUCCUCUACACUUGGGCCUGGGUGCAAGAUAGGUCCUCCCACGAGACAGGUCCGAGCUGUGCAACCCUCGCGAACUCCUAAUGUGGGACGCUUUACGGCUACUUCGGCCGUUACAGUUGAGACUAGGCACAUCAGUAAAAUAAAGAGCCGUAUACCGAAGAGUCGAACGAAAGCAGGCCCUCCAAACUUGCAUGCGGAUGUAAUGAAAUUGACAGGACAAGGUGAUGCAUCAGGUCAAUCUGCAAAUGCUUCGCGAGAAUCCGAACCUCACGCUGCUCCUCCGGCUCUUAAACGGAAGGGACCACCUGGCAUUUCCCCAAAGGAGAUGGAGAGUCGGGACAAACGUAAAGCGGACCGCAACGCUUCGGACCUACCAGUCGCUGACUCCGACGAUGAACCGCUGUGCAAUCGUAAGAACAAUCUCCGUGAGGGCAAGCGAAAGUUUAUAGAGGAACCGAUGCUUGCUACCAGCGAGGGACCAACGCCUGUGACUAACGAGGGAUCGCGUAUUUCCAACGAAGAUCGGACUAAGCUCGCGGUUCAAGAGGACAUCAGGUUACUGCGAUCGAUCCUUCAAGAUAUACGACGGGAACAGGAUGCAAUGCGAGUGAAGCAGGAGGACAUGCAUGCGAGGGAAGAUGCACUCCGGACGAUGCAGGACACAAUGCAGAAGAAGCAGGACGCAAUGCAGGACGCAAUGCAGGAAGCGAUGCAAGACACAAUGCAGAAGAUGCAGGACGCGAUGCGGGACACAAUGCAGAAGACGCAGGAUGCCAUGCAGGACGCGAUGCAGAAGACGCACGGCGCGAUGCAGACGGUGCAGGGAGAGAUGCAGACAACACUGAGGUCCACACAAGUUGAACUCAAUGUCGAGCGAGCCAGAUUGACUCAAGUUCAGCAGCAAUGCGACUCAGUGAAAUUUUUGCUCUCCCGGGCAGAGAGUUCGAAUCAGCAGAUGCCUCAGAGUACCCCAUGCGAGCAUGAGGAGGAAAUUCGACGAUGGUCGCACGUCUACGCCACCGCUGCCUUUCAAGGUCUUCUCACAAAAUUUUUUGAUGGUGGGAUUCGAGGUAUGAUCAGAUCUGAGGUCCCAAUGGGAAGCUGUAGUGAAAUGUCAAUGGCCAAAACCCCUCCUCGAACACCUGACAUACACCCGUCGGUCAAUCCAGAGAAGUCUCUCCGGGAAUCAAAUUCCGGUGGUGGUCUUGAAACCCAUCAAGAUUUGCAGCGCCCAUCCAGCUUACCUCCGCAAAUGCAGGUGUCCUAUGAUUCACGUUAUCAUGUCAGCACUUCCGCCGAUGUUUCAUAUAAUUCCCCGCAACAAAUAGCAACCUCGCAGGGAGGGACGUCCAAUGUUAUCCUCACUGCUGAUCCAAAUCAAUGGAAGGAAGAUGGCCAUGAUGAUGGGCAGGACUCUCGAAGCCAGGCUUCAGCAGCAAACGAACCAGGCGAAGGCCCUCAUGUCUCGUAUCCCCAGCCACACAAUCAAGGUCGAUCUGCUAGAAUGAGUGUGAAUGUCGACUAUCCGGAACAGUCGGCUACGCAUAGAGCUGAGAUCUGUGCAUCCUCAACCGAACAGUGGGGUGAGGGUGCAUAUGGCUCCGUUGAGGGUAGAUAUUCACCGAACAGGCGGGAAGGUCGAAAUCCUUCAGAGCAGGUGUUUGCUGCGAGAAGCCAUUUUCCGACGGGAUGGUCAUCGAGGACGCCACAGCCAAGAUCAAUUAGAGACGGAACAGCUGGUCCUGAGUUCCGUGGGCAAGAAUACCACAAUAACGACCACCGAGACCGUGGCGACUACCGUGGAGAGGGUAGCCGCAGCUCUCGCUACCAUGGUCGACGGCAAUAUGCCCGCUAUGAUCGCCCACCUAACCACACUAUGAAGCAAGAUUUUCGUUCCAACUGA